AUGUUGUUGUGUUUGUGUGAAGGUGGGGGCUCUGCUAUGAAUCAGCGUGAGGACAGAGAGGAGGGAGCCCCUCCCUCUAAAACCACUCUGUGGGGGGAACAUGAGAGCCAGACCAAAGCUCAGAGGUGAGAUGAGGAUCUCCAACUGUCCGUGACUCUUCUCUAUGUCAGAGAUCAGCACUCACUCCACCAUCACUAUUAUUCACACUCAGACCUCUGUCUGUCUGUCUGUCUGUCUGUCUGUCUGUCUGUCUGUCUGUCUGUCUGUCUGUAUGUCUAAGACCUGAAUGGCAGUACAGACCAGACUCUCCAGGACCUGGACCCAGCUGUGUGUCCUUCAAGAGUGACCGGUCUAUGGGUCGAUAUAUGAAUUUCAAAGUUGGACCUCAGUCUGAUCGUCAAAAGUAAUAAUCUAUAACAGCAGCACUCAAACCAGGAAGAUUUUUAGUGUUCUUGUUUCUUCAUCAGUGUUUGUGUUUCUGUCAGAGUCAAACAUGAGAGACCAGACUCUCCUGGACCUGGACCUGGACCCAGCUGUGUGUCCUUAAAGAGUGACUGGUCUAUGGACAGACCUAUUAAUUUCAAAGAAGGAGAUAUUUGUGAUGAGCAAAGGUGAGACUUUCAAACUGAACUUCCUUUUGUUGUGUGUGAAACUUUUCAUCCUAACUGUGGUCAGUGUUUUCUCUGUGAAGGUGAAGAUUUUUCAGGGUUUGUGUUUCUAUCAGGAUCCAACAGCAGUAAACAGGAUCUGAGCCAGAAAGGACUGGACUCUGCAUGUAUCUUCAUGUGUGUCCUGUGUCUGUAGGAGGAUCCAGCAGUGUUUCUACCAGGAUCCUCUAGAUAGACUCUCUCACAUGUAACCCUGUGUCUCCUUAUAUUAUAUCCACUACAUUAGAUUCUGUUUGUUCCACAGUGUUCAGCAGCAGAGAUCAGAGGUUCCCAUUGGUCAGUCUGCCCAGCAGCAUCAAACACAGCUGGACUCCAUAUUUAUGGUAGGUGUAAAUGUACAAACACAGCUCCUACCGAUCAUCAGAGCAGAUACUCAGUAUAUUUGGAGGUUUCUGGAUUGUUUCCUAAUGACUCUGCAAACAUCAUCUCUGCCUGAAUUAUCUUCACACUCACAGUUUGACUGAUUGAAUGAAGCCUCACAUUUAUGACCUGCUCAGAGUCAGAGGUCAGAGGUCAGAGGUCAUGGUGGAUGGUGGUCUGACACAGACGAGAGGAGACCAGAUGCAGCGCAAGAUGGCGGACCCAAAGAUAAAAAACCACAUUUACAAAACGCAAUAAGUUUCCGCAUUACCUCCGAUUGGCGGACCCAAAACAAUUACUUCCGGUGGAAAGGCUUUCUCGUUGGCGGACUUCCGGCGCCGAAAUACUUCAGGUAGUCGGAUUUAGUCGCCGGAUCCUUUUUUUUUUGCUCCGUUCAUUCCAUAAGAAUCGAAUUAAAUUUAUUAUUGAGCUAAAAAUCAAAAUAAAACGUUUAUGUAUUAAUUAUGACUACUGUUUUGUUCUGAUUUAAUUCUGAAGUUUACAGUAAUAUGUAUAUAUAGCCUGAUGUCCUCAUAUUCUGAUAAUUUGUCAGAAUAGGUAAAUGUAUGUAGAAGUUAUCAUCUUACUCAAAUUCUUUUGUAAGAGUUUGCUACAAGUAUGGACUGUUUUAACCUCUCGUUACACAUCAUAUAACAGUGUUUUCUAACUUUUCUCUCCAAUAGCUUUAUUACACAGCACAUCAAUGUUUCUUAACUUCUCUGUGACCUUGUUUCUCCACUCCUAUUAGGACCUCGUUUAAUGUCAACAAUGUUGCCCUGACCCUCACAUAUUUUCUGUUGUUCAUAAUUAUGUUUUAUGAGAGUGCUUAUGUUGCUGCACAAAUUUACUCCCCCCAUCCUUUAGUAACGUUGUGUAACCAGGGACAUAAUUUAUGAAAUGGUGUGCUUCCUGGUGAACCUCUUCAGGAUUGCUUGACUGUGCAAAAUCCAAGUAUACAAUAGUUGUAGAGACACAAGACACAUGAUCUCUUUAAGGUUCAGAAGAGCCAUAUAGCAAAAACAAUUGAAUUGCGAUAUCAUUACAGACUGUGUAAAGAAAUGGGAAAUUGUCAUACAACUGCUUUGAAGAUUUCUUUAAUUUUUUCCAAACAAAAUUGUGAACAGUAAAAAAAUAUAUAUAUAUACAAAAUUCAGCACUGCCGUCGGUGUGGUGGGGGGCUUAAAACACGUUGCCACAGGCCAUCAUCAGCUCUGCUCUGAACCGGGUGAUGCCAUGCUCCUUAAGUGCUUUGAUCAAAAGCUGAAAAACAGUCAAAUAAUGUGAACAAUUGAAGUUAUGCAGUAUGGGUUAAUUGUUGUUCUUGAGCUUUCCAAAUGAAUAAGAACAACCUCUUAACAAUAUCAUCAAUUUUCAAAGCAAGCUAUAUAGUUUGAUCUACUCACCUCUGGGAGCAUGACGUCAAAAACAAAAUCAAGCAGAUGAAUCUCGCCUCUCUUUAUUUUUUUAGAAAUGUUUGUUGCCACCUCAAUGAACCGCAGGAGCUCGAACAUCUAUUGAAGAAAAACACAGAAAGUAAACACCUUUCAAAUGUAACACCCCUGAGAGUAAAAAUACUCAUGAUGGAUGGCAUUUUUACUUACGCGCUGCUCACUCCAACUUAAUGUCCUUAUCUUGAGGUGCUGCUUCAGUCGGAGUGAGGUGGCGGGAUUCCUCCAAAGGAACAUCCGGUUGGAGCGGAGCUUUCCAGAGAGUAGAUCAUCGUGUAAUGUCUAAAACCAAAGAGCAAGAGACAAAAAUGUAAUCAUCUGAAAAGGAAACGGUGGCUUUAACAACUGAUAGUGCAUUCAAAAGCAACCUUGAUCUGUGUCUUAGAAAAGACAGCAUCAAUUCCUCCACUGUCAACAGCAUCCUUGAUCCUGCAGAGAAAUAAGAAAAAGAGCAAGCCCUCAUUUUUUCAUCCUUUGAGCCUCGUAUUUUUGACUGAUACUAUGUUUCCUUGAUAAAUCAUGUUAUACCGAGGAUGCUCAAUGGAGUCCUCGCACCUGCAGUCAAACGGCUCCAUUUCCAUCCCAGCACAAUCCUGAUGCAGCCAGCCCCUGCACGUCUUGCACUGGACCCAUUUGAUCAAUUUUACCUCAGGGUAAAGCAAUCUGAUCAAAUGAGAGACAAACUUAAUAUUAAACAAACACGCUGUCCAAUUGAUUAUACCUCUGCAGCACAUUUGAAUGUAUAAAUAAUUUUCCUGCAUGAUUCAUGCAUUUAAACUAUAUGUAAAAGUGGUCACUUCAUGGAAAAUCACUGAAUAGGCCCCGAUAAUUGCAUUUAUUAAAUUGAGUCUGCAACACACCUCUCUCCUGUGGUGUCCGAUGUCUGGUAGACACAGAAUUGCAUCGACUCUGCCAUGCACAUUCUUCGGACAUCCGAUGCCCUCUGCGUCAUGGUUUCCUUGACAAGUCAAUUUGAAAAGUAACAUCAAUUACCAAAUACAUCGAGACAAUGUUGAUCCAUACAACUGUGUGCAUUUUGAAGGACUCCCACUGAGAUAAUACUGUUUUUAGAAGGCAAUUUUCUAACCUCUUUGUCCUGCUGCUCGGCCUUCCUCUUUAGUCUGAAGACCGGAGUAUGCUUUCCAGCAAUGAGCUCUUGACAUUCUUCGGUCCAGUGGGCGAAGAUUUUCCCACAACUGUAAUGACAAUAUGUCUUUAAGUACAAUAUAUUGAUUGUCUUCCAGUUAAUUAGGGCAUCUAGUUUACUUAAACUGUCUACCUGUUCAAAGAAUUGUUCUCCAGGAGCAACAGGCACCACCAUCGCCGCAAAACAGGCAUGUCAUGCUGAAAUUGUUGUUUGUAUUUCAUUUUAGUGCACAAUACAAAAUACAGCCUUGAGGAUGACACUGCGUGUUGAAAAGUACUUACAACUGAGUAGUCAAACUGUGACUCCAUAACGAUGUACAUGGCAGACUUAAAAAAAAUUAUGAGACAACAUGUGAGAUAACUUUAAAAAAGUCCAUGUUGGAAAGUUAUUCUAGAUACAAUAUUUGUGCAUUACAGCUCGUUAUGACCUACCAUCAACAUGAAGAUUCCACAGUCUGAGCCAAAGUCCUGGCUGGGGAAGCCCUGAUUAAAAUAAUAUAAAAUAAUAUUUUCCUUACCGUUGUUUCGCUGUACAAAUGCGCAUUGUAAGGUGUGUGCUCCUGUAACGACGUCGAUUGAGUUCUUCUUCUUCUGUAAAUUUUGCCGUCAGAAAGUGUAGGUACAUACCGCCACCUACUGUUCUGGCAUCGCAAAGCAGAAGUUCAAAGUUCAUGUUUUGGGUCCGCCAAUCGGAGGUAAUGCGGAAACUUAUUGCGUUUUGUAAAUGUGGUUUUUUAUCUUUGGGUCCGCCAUCUUGGCGCUGCAUCUGGGUACUCUUGACACAGACUCAGACUUUGGCAGCAGAGAGCAGAGUUCACAAACUGAGUCCAGUUUGAGGUUUAAAGAACAGAAAGACUUUGGUUCAUGUCGAUGACAGCUGCUGCUUUCAGCUUCAUUCUAAUAAACACAUCACCUCUAAAGUCACUGCAGACUUUUUCUCCAUGAAACCACACCAGGAGAUUUCUCCAAUGUGAAGGUCAGGUCAUAGAAACUAGAUUUGUAGAAGACAGGACCAUCCACAAAGUCAGUCCUGAAGCAGCAUUGUGAUCCAGUCUCCAUACUGGACUCUGUAGACCAGCAGGCUUUCUGUCUGUCAUAGAUGAUCUGAUGUUCAGUUCUACAAGUUCAAGUUCACAUUUUGUUCUGUUCCAGCUGCUCCAGGAGAACAUGAUGAGCUUUGUAAAGGAGCAGCUGAAGGAGAUCCAGCGAGUUCUGAGUCCAGAUGAACCAGAAUACUUCAAGAGUCCGAGAGAGGAUGAGGAUGAAGAGCAGAGGAGGAGCAGAGAGGCGUUUCUGAAGAUCACUCUGCACCUCCUGAGAAGAAUGAAGCAGGAGGAGCUAGCUGACUGUCUGCAGAGCAGUAAGAGGAUAUGAAGAGAUUUAACAUGAUGGAGACAACAUGGGAGAGGUUUAGAGUUCAGACUCUGCUGUUCAUAAGAUGCACACAUUUGUAUCACAUCUAUGAACUGAGAGAAACUGAUCACAGCUGAUGAGCUGAAGAGAUUUCAGAGAGGAGGGAAAUCAAAUCCAUCCUGAUGUCCUCAAGUGUAAAUUCAUCAGACUGAUUGUAGCUUCAGAUGAUUCAUCACAUUUCUUUUUGUUCAUUCAGGAUCUGCUGCUGCAGAGUGCACACACAAACUCAAGUCCAACCUGAAGGAGAAGUUCCAGUGUGUGUUUGAGGGGAUUGCUAAAGCAGGAAACCCAACCCUGCUGAACCAGAUCUACACAGAGCUCUACAUCACAGAGGGAGGGACUGGAGAGGUCAACGAUGAACAUGAGGUCAGACAGAUUGAAACAGCAUCCAGGAGAGCAGAGCGACCAGAAACAACCAUCAGACAAGGAGACAUCUUUAAAGGCUCACCUGGAAGACAGGAACCAAUCAGAACAGUGAUGACAAAGGGAGUGGCUGGCAUUGGGAAAACCGUCUUAACACAGAAGUUCACUCUGGACUGGGCUGAAGACAAAGACAACCAGGACAUCCACUUCACAUUUCCAUUCACCUUCAGAGAGCUGAAUGUGCUGAAGGAGAAGUUCAGUUUGGUGGAGCUCGUUCAUCACUUCUUCACUGAAACCAAAGAAGCAGGAAUCUGCAGCUUUCAACACUUCAGGGUCGUGUUCAUCUUUGACGGUCUGGAUGAGUGUCGACUUCCCCUGGACUUCCACAACAAUCAGGUCCUGACUGAUGUUACAGAGUCCAGAUCAGUGGAUGUGCUGCUGACAAACCUCAUCAGGGGGAACCUGCUUCCCUCUGCUCGCCUCUGGAUAACCACAAGACCUGCAGCAGCCAAUCAGAUCCCUCCUAAGUGUGUGGACAUGGUGACAGAGGUCAGAGGGUUCACUGACCCUCAGAAGGAGGAGUACUUCAGGAAGAGAUUCAGAGAUGAGGAGCUUGCCAGCAGAAUCAUCUCCCACAUCAAGACAUCCAGAAGUCUCCACAUCAUGUGCCACCUUCCGGUCUUCUGCUGGAUCACUGCUACAGUUCUGGAGGAUCUGCUGAAGACCAGAGAGGGAGGAGAGCUGCCCAAGACCCUGACUCAGAUGUACAUCCACUUCCUGGUGGUUCAGUCCAAAGUGAAGAACAUCAAGUAUGAUGGAGGAGCUGAGACUGACCCUCACUGGAAUAAAAAGAGCAGGAAGAUGAUUAAGUCUCUGGGAAAACUGGCUUUUGAGCAGCUGCAGAAAGGAAACCUGAUCUUCUAUGAAUCAGACCUGACUCAGUGUGGCAUGGAUAUCAGAGCAGCCUCAGUGUACUCAGGAGUGUUCACACAGAUCUUCAGAGAGGAGAGAGGACUGUACCAGGACAAGGUGUUCUGCUUCAUCCAUCUGAGUGUUCAGGAGUUUCUGGCUGCUCUUCAUGUCCACCGGACCUUGACCAACUCUGGAGUCAACCUGAUGGAAGAAGAACAACUAACAACAUCUUCAAUCUCUAAAUUCUUCAGUGUCAAACCAAAACUGGAACAUCUCCAUCAGAGUGCUGUAGACCAGGCCUUACAGAGUCUGAAUGGACACCUGGAUUUAUUUCUACGUUUCCUCAUGGGUCUUUCUCUGCAAACCAAUCAGAAUCUCCUGAGAGGUCUGCUGACACACACAGGAAGUAGUUCACAGACCAAUCAAGAAACAGUCCAGUACAUCAAGAAGAAGAUCAGUGAGGAUCUGUCUGCAGAGAAAAGCAUCAAUCUGUUCCACUGUCUGAAUGAACUGAAUGAUCGUUCUCUAGUGGAGGAGAUCCAACAGUCCCUGAGAUCAGGACGUCUCUCCACAAAGAAACUGUCUCCUGCUCAGUGGUCAGCUCUGGUCUUCAUCUUACUGUCAUCAGAAAAAGAUCUGGACGUGUUUGACCUGAAGAAAUACUCUGCUUCAGAGGAGGGUCUUCUGAGGCUGCUGCCAGUGGUCAAAACCUCCAACAAAGCUCUGUAGGUGGACACAUGAGAGAUGAAACAUUAUUGUUCAUGAGAGAUGAAACUUUGUGUCUGUGCUAAUCACUGAUUCUUCUUCAGGCUGAGUGGGUGUAACCUGUCAGAGAGAAGCUGUGAAGCUCUGUCCUCGGUCCUCAGCUCCCAGUCCUCCAGUCUGAGAGAGCUGGACCUGAGUGACAAUGACCUGCAGGAUUCAGGAAUGAAGCUGCUGUCUGCUGGACUGAAGAGUCCUCACUGUAUACUGGAAACUCUCAGGUCUGUGUGAAGUUAAAUAUUAAAAUUAAAUCUGUAUGGGAUUUAAAAAAAAACAACAGAACACCAAGAAACUGAUAAAUAUUUUACUUUGAGGAAGGACAAGUUUGAAUAGUGAAAGUCAGUCCAUUUUUUUAAGGAUUGCCAUUUAACACCAUUAAAAGAUGAAAACACAAAAAAAGAAACAAACACUUUAAUUAAAGAUGAAUUAAGCGUUUUAAAUAACAGUACAACUGUAAUUAACCAUGAAUAAAGACUUUUUUUAACUUUCCUAUUUUUUUAGGUUUACUGGAUGUUACCUGUCAGAGAGAAGCUGUGAAGCUCUGUCCUCAGUCCUCAGCUCCCAGUCCUCCAGUCUGAGAGAGCUGGACCUGAGUCACAAUGACCUGCAGGAUUCAGGAGUGAAGCUGCUUUCUGCUGGACUGAAGAGUCCUCACUGUAAACUGGAAACUCUCAGGUCUCUGUGAAGUUAAAUAUUAAAAUUUAAUUGGUAUGGGAUUUAAAAAACAAAAUAUCCAGAAACUGAUAAAUAUUUUACUUUGAGGAAGGACAAGUUUAAAUAGAGAAAGUCAGUCUAUUUAUGUAAGAUUGCCAUUUAACACCAUUAAAAGAUGAAAACACAAAAAAAGAAACAAACAAUUUAAUUGAAGAUGAAUUAAGCCUUUUAAAUAACAGUAAAACUGUAAUUUAACAUGAAUAAAGUUUUUUUUUUAUCUUCCUAUUUUUUAGGAUUACUGGAUGUAACCUGUCAGAGAGAAGCUGUGAAGCUCUGUCCACAGUCAUCAGCUCCCAGUCCUCCAGUCUGAGAGAGCUGGACCUGAGUCACAAUGACCUGCAGGAUUCAGGAGUGAAUUUGCUGUCUGCUGGACUGGAGAGUCCUCACUGUAAACUGGGAACUCUCAGGUCUGUAUCAGGUUAAACAUAAAAGUUUACUCUGUCAGUGUUCAAAAACACAGAAACAUAAGCACCGUUACAAGAGAGAGCUUCUUACUGCUUUUUUAUUGUAAUAUUAGUCGGGCCAAGUGAAGAGAGAAUAUUAAUUCAGUCAGAUCUUGUUAAGAUAAUUAAUGAAAAGUAAUGAGAGAGAAUUUUUUUAAAGAUUAUGAUAUGUUUGAAAAAGAAGCAACGCAUCUACUUCCUUUAAUGAUCAAUGCAACAAAAGACCUUAUUUUACUCAAAUAUCUUCAGGUUUACUGGAUGUAACCUGUCAGAGAGAAGCUGUGAAGCUCUGUCCUCAGUCCUCAGCUCCCAGUCCUCCAGUCUGAGAGAGCUGGACCUGAGUAACAAUGACCUGCAGGAUUCAGGAGUGAAGCUGCUGUCUGAUGGACUGAAGAGUCCCCACUGUACACUGGAAACUCUCAGGUCAGUAUAAGGUUGAACAUAAAACGUUUCUCUGUCAGAUCACAAGACCACAGAAACAAAAGCAUCAAUAAAACGGAGAGCAACUUAUGAUCUUGUGAUAAAUUUGGUCAAGUCAAGGGAGUUAACUAAUUCAAUCGGAUCUGGUUCGAAUGACUUGAUUUAAACUGAUGAAAAUGAAAAUGAAAAAAGCAAUUUAUGAUAUUAUAGAAGAAAAGAAACAUCCAUGAGUUUUGAUUAUAAGUGAAACAAAAGAGCUUAUUUGUUCAAAAUUCUUCAUGUCUGUUCAGGUUGAGUGGAUGUAACCUGUCAGAAGAAAGCUGUGAAGCUCUGUCCUCAGUCCUCAGCUCCCAGUCCUCCAGUCUGAGAGAGCUGGACCUGAGUGACAAUGACCUGCAGGAUUCAGGAGUGAAGCUGCUGUCUGCUGAACUGAAGAAUCUUCACUGUAAACUGGAAACUCUCAGGUCUGUGUUAAGUUAAAUAUUGAUAUUUAAUCUUUAAGAGAUGAAAAAAAAGAAAAUAAAACUAAAUGAGAUAUAAAUUGAGCAACUGAUAAUCAUUUCAGUUUUAGGAAGGAUAAAAGUGAGCAGUUAAAGUCAGUCCUUUUUUUAUGUUGGCUGUUUCAUAACAUUAGGGGAUGGACACAAAAAUAAUAAAAUGCUGCACUGAAGAGUAAAAAUAGCCUUUAAAUAACAUUAAAACUUGUAUUAAGCUCAUAAAAAAAGGAAUAUAUUUUUCAAUAUCAUCCUAUUUCUUUAGGUUUACUAGAUGUAACCUGUCAGAGAGAAGCUGUGAAGCUCUGUCCUCAGUCCUCAGCUCCCAGUCCUCCAGUCUGAGAGAGCUGGACCUGAGUCACAAUGACCUGCAGGAUUCAGGAGUGAAGCUGCUGUCUGAGGGACUGGAGAGUCCUUACUGUAAACUGGAAACUCUCGGGUCUGUAUCAGGUUGAACAUAAAACUUUACUCUGUCAGUGUUCAAAACCACAGAAACAAAAGCAUCUAUAAAACAGAGAGCUACUUACUGCUCUUUUAUUAUAAGUGGGUUCAAGUGGAGAGACAUUAUUAAUUCAGUCAGAUCUUGUUAAGAUGAUUAAAAGUAAUGAGAGAUUUUUGUUAAAGAUUAUGAAAUGUUUGAAAAAGAAGCAACGCAUCUACUACAUUUAACAAUCACUGAAACAAAAUACCUUAUUUAUACCUGAGGCUGCUGCCAGUGGUCAAAGCCUCCAACAAAGCUCUGUAGGUGGACACAUGAGAGAUGAAACAUUAUUGUUCAUAAGAGAUGAAACUUUGUGUCUGUGCUAAUCACUGAAUCUUCUUUAGGUUUACUAGAUGUAACCUGUCAGAGAGAAGCUGUGAAGCUCUGUCCUCAGUCCUCAGCUCCCAGUCCUCCAGUCUGAGAGAGCUGGACCUGAGUAACAAUGACCUGCAGGAUUCAGGGGUGAAGCUGCUGUCUGCUGGACUGACGAGUCCUCACUGGAAACUGGGAACUCUCAGGUCAGGUUUCUGCUGAUUGAUUUUUGUAGCUGUUUGAAUUAAAUUGUCUAAAGUUGGUACAUUUUUCCUUGUUUCAUAUUUUUUAUGACUCCAGGUUAUCAGGCUGUCUAAUCACAGAAGAAGGUUGUGCUUCUGUGGCCUCAGCUCUGAGCUCCAACCCCUCACACCUAAGAGAGCUGGACCUGAGUUACAAUCAUCCAGGAGACUCAGGAGUAAAACUGCUUCGUGCUGGACUGAAGGAUCCUCUAUGGAGACUGGAUACACUGAGGUAUAACCAGACAGUUACUGGGUCACAGACAACUACAGAUAUAUUUGGUUUCUUCUUCCUGAGGUCUUCACUUAGCAGGUCAUGAUUGUGGACCAUCUUUCUGACUCUUGGAUGUGAACAGUUUUAUCCUGGAUAGUAGUUGUGAUGCUCACUAGUUCUCAGCCUCCCUCCUUCCUCUUAAUGUAGACCCUCAGGGUUCUGGAUUUAGGGUGAAAACCUCCAUUUGAGUAUUUUGAGGAGUUUUCUUGUCUUAGUAAAGUAUUUUUAAUUGAAAAAGUUAUUGUAUUAUUAAAACAGGAAUUCAUAAAGUGGUUUCCAAAUUCAUGAGUUCAUCCAUAAACAAAUCCAGGAAUUAUAAAAAGAGCCUACAAAUGAAUCUGUACAAAAGUUUAUUUUUUAACCCUCGGUUCCUUUUAAUUUUAAGCUCCAUGCAGCCUACUUUGUCUCCAAAACAGAUAAGUGUUGAUUAAAUAAUCAUUUUUAAACUUUUUUUUUACUACUUUUUAUGCUAGUUUUUGUGUGCCAUAUCACUGCUUUUUUUAAUGGUAAAAAACACAAAAUUGCCAUAUUUCCCAUAUAAAAUGACCCAGAUGAAAACUUUUUUUUAUAUAUAAAUAAAAAGAGUCUGGGCCAUGUCAAUGAUGAGAAGUAAAACUGAUUUUGGUGCAUAUAAAUUCUUUUUGUGGUGCCAAUUUUUCAUAUCUGGAGCUCCAUCCAGCCUACUUUGCAGCAGAAAAACACGCCAUUUUCACCUCCUUUUCUUGAGCCCCAUCCUCUACCAAAUCAAAUGAAUCAAAUUCAUUUGUUCAUGUUAAAUUAAUUUUAUAUAUCGGCAUAUAAAAUCAGAAGAUAUAUAUAAAAUAGGAAUAAUUUACAAGUGGUUAUCCACCUCUAGCCAAAAUAUGACCAUGAUUACUCUGAUUGCACGCAUAUAAAAAAUAAUAUAUAGAAAUAAUAAUAUAUCUCAAAAUUAUAUAUUGAGAUGUGCAUAUUUGAGAUGUGAUAUCUUCUCACCUAAUGAUCUGAAGGACCUGUUCAUCCUCGUGCAUGUCCAUCUACUUGCUCUGAAGUGAGGGCAAAGUUGAAAUUGUCUAAAUGUCCCCCUCUCUUUGUCCCACACUGCAGAACUUGGACGUCAGAUUUUUGACUGUAAAAACUCUGCUCAUGUCCGGUUAUAAACAUGGACGCAGAUUCUCCUUACCGUGGUGGAGGAGUUUGCGUGCUCUAAUAAACCUAGGGGCUAUGCUGUCCGGGGCUUUUUGCCCCUGGUUAUGUUAUGUUAUGUUUUUUAUGGAUCCCCAUUAGUCUUCACUUUGUGAAGACUAUUCUUCCUGGGGUCCUCCACUCAUGCAUACAGUCAACUAAAAUAAAAAAAAAUAAAAUAAAAAAUCCAUAUGAUUUCAUGGCAUUAUACAGUAAAAUAAAGCAAACAAAAUACAAAAGUACAAAUCAUACAAUCUGGUCUAAGCAUUAAAUAAUUAUAAAGCAAUUAUAGAAAAUUAUGCGCAAACAAAAUACAAAAAAAUACAUUUGAAAUUUACAUUACUCAAAUAUACUAAUAUAAGUCCUUCCAAAGUAUAGUUGAAAUUUCUAACUGAACACCACUUCUUUGUCUUUAAUAGCUUCUUUUAGUUUCUUUUUGAAUCUCCAUUUAUUGUCUAUUUUAGUUAUAUUUGUUGGAAGCCUAUUCCAGUGGGUUACUGCUCUAUACAUUACUGUACUCUUGAGAGCGUCAAUUCUUGGUCGAGGUAAAGUGAAGUGGUCACCCAUGGCAUGACUAGUAGCAUGGCCAUGUCUAGUAUUUGUAGAUUCUAGUUGUAGCUGUAUAUAUUUUGGUUUUCCAAAAUGAUAUAUAUUAAACAGAAAUACCAGCAGACUACAUGCCAGUCUAUGGUCCACUCUCAUCCAAGAUAACUGUCUGUGCAUCCACUCAACAAUAGUCCUCCCUGUGCAGUGGAGGGCCAGACGGGCUGCUCGGUUUUGAAUGAUCUGCAAUUUAUGUAAGUCUUGUUUUGAUGCGCUUGAACAAACUGCUGGGCAAUAAUCAUCAAGAUAGAACUAAAGAUUGUAGUACAUGUUUAACUGUUGAGGCAGACAACAAGUGUGCAGCCUUUCUUAUCAUUGAGAUAGUGCCACUCAUUUUUGACACCAUUUUAUCAAUAUGUGAUGACCAGGAAAGUGUUUCCUCAAUGAUCACAUCUGACAGUUUGGCCUCUUUAACUUGUUCAAUAGUAGCACCUUGUGUAGCAAGAUUCAGUAGAGUAGAUCUCAGUGUAUAACUGGAACCCAGCAUCAAACUCUUUGUUUCUAAAACAUUCAGCUUCAACCUAUUUUCACUAACCCAGUUAAAGACUAACAUCAACUCAUCAUGCAGCAAUGUGUUAACUAAAUCAGCGUUUUCCCUGGAUACAUACAUUGUAGUGUCAUCGGCAUAUAUUUCCAUGCGUGCACUCCUUAGUACAUGUGGUAAAUCAUUAACAUAAAUUGAGUACAAUAACGGGCCUAGGCAACUCCCCUGGGUUAUACCACAUUCAAGGGUCACCAUAUCUGAAACUGUACCAUUAAACACUACACAUUGUUGCCUCUUUGACAAAUAACUUUCCAUUAACCUAAUAGCACCAUCUUCAAAAUGAUAUGCUGAUAACUUCUUUAAUAACAACUCAUGAUCAAUUAUAUCAAAUGCUGCACUUAAGUCCAAGAGCACAACACCCACCAUUGACUUUUCAUCAAUAUCUCUUAACCAGUUCUCUGUUAGCGAUGUUAGUGCUGUGCUUGUGGAAUGGCCAGCUCUAUAUGCAUGCUGACACUCAGUGAUGGUGUUAUUUGCUUCUAAGUAGCAUUGAAUCUGUUCAUACAUUAUUUUUUCUGUCAAUUUACUUAAUACAGGUAGUAUACUCACAAGCCUACUAUUCGGACCAGCAAAUGCCUCUCCACAGUUUUUUGGCAUUAGAGUGACCUUUGCAAUCUUCCACAUCUGUGGAAACACUCCCGUUUCAAAACUUAAAUUCAAAAUAUGACAUAUAGGUGCUACAAUAAACUUGGCUGCAAUACACAGCAGCCUACCAUCCAAAUUAUUAGCUCCACAUGAUUUAUCUCUUUUAAUUGAUAGCAAAAACCUCCCGAGUUCCUCUAGUCCUAUUCUCUUAAAUUGAAAACUACACACCUUAUCCUUCAUAAUCUUAUUUCUUAUAACAGAAUCCACACAUAUAAUGACAUCCAGUAGGCCUGUCAUCUGACCUCUAAUUGUAUUGACUUUAUUGAUGAAAAAAAUAUUAAAAUAAUUCGCAAUGUAAUGAGACAACUGCUUUCUGCUAUCCACCUUGAAUUCACCCCUCAAAGGAAUGCAGGCUCCCCUGGUUUGGACAGGAAAUGGGGGAGUAACGGUUUGCACACCAAGUUCCCAUUUACGACCCAAGAAACCAUUGGGGAGGUGAUAGUGAAUCUUUAAUGCUUCCCAAAAGGACAAGUUGCUUAUCAACCACACAGACCCAUAAACACGGAGCCUUUCUCCCUGGCUGGGAAAGAUCAGAAUUGACACUUCAGGAUUAACCCAUCGACCUAAAAGGAAAACAAAGCAUUUGGCGCCAAGUCUGAAAAACCAGAUACCUGCCAUAAAAUCUCCAUGGCUUUCUUUACUGAGCAGAAGGAAGAGGAUGCCUGAAAAUGGUUUAACUUCAUGUUUAAUGGACAUGUCACCAGAAUUGUCUGUCUGCACACCACAUUCUUAAUGAAAUGGUCUUUUUCCCAAUUUUGUAGCAUAUCCACAAGCCAAACUGUUAACUUCACAAAUUUAUUCCAGGUUUUCCAUGGAUCAAGAGCUCCUCCUAGUGGUGAUGCCUGAAUAUGGUUUGAUCAGAGCCAAAUGGCAGGAAUCUAAUCACGUGUAUUUCUUUCCUUUUGUUUUACACUUCGUAGCUUAGUAAAUGGUAUUCCCAAGAUAGGCUAGUAGUUUAGAAGUAGUAACGUGAAACUCGUUUAGACUCAAGUUAAGAGUUUCUGAAUGUAUCCAUACUAUGUUUUGUCUACCUCACACAAAUCUAUAUUAAUCAUCUAUGAAGCUUGAUUGACAAGGUUAUAGUGUUGUCAAAUAUUAUUACGUAUGUGUUUCUUAUGCUGGAUGGUGUUUCUGUUCGAAUAGAUAAUUUGUUUUCUGUCCCUCUCUAACUUUUAAAAGUCAUUAAUCCUCUGUCAGUGUCAAGAAGACGGCUGAUCAAAGUUUACUGUUUUCAAUGUCAUGUUUUAAUGCAUCUGCUCAUAAGAAACAAUGAAGUGAAAUGUGAUCGUAUGUGAUGUUACCAACAGUUUAAUCAUAGUGAGUGAGUAAACUAGAUCUAGCUCGCUUUUAAUAUCAAGUUGAGUUAAUUCGCUGCCAGUCGAUGUGCUGCAUCGGGUUACAGCAUUGGCUGUAACUUUCCUCUUGGCUCACGCCCACACGGGACUGUUUAAAAGAGCCCGGGAGUCUUUGCUCGCUCUUCAGUUUUUGUCUCUUCCGUUUUUGUCUCUUCCGUUUUUCCUCUUCGUUUAGUUUUCUUUGUCUCUGUCUAUAGUUCGCAAUUUUCCCCGCGUUUUAUUAAUUGCCUUAAGCUCAGAUUUUUCUUCUAAACUUGGAUGAAACAUUCCCAAGUCCCUUUAAAGCCUCAGUAACAAGCUGCGCGCAUAAGAUAACCUCAGUCUAAGUCUUUUUAUUUAUUUUUGUUCGCUAAAGUGACUCCUGAAGAUAAUAUCGGCUGGCCAGCGAAAUUAUUUUCUUAAGUUAUUGGCGCGAAUUAAUCUGCAACCAAGCAAGUCCUGAACGCCGACCAGCAUCAUCUGCCAAGCUGCUUUGCCACCCGGUUCCGAGAGGCCCAGAAAUCCGAAGUAUCUAACGGCGCUGACACGGUCCUGAAGCUGAGAUCCAGACACGGCGGAAGAACUCCCCGCCGAACCUUCAGAGCGGAUCAGAGCGGCGUCAGCAGUGAUGCAGACGCUUAACCGAUCAGUCGUGGGGAAGAAUGAGCUCAGCCGUAAGGCGAAACUCUCGAUUACCGGUAGAUCUACGUGCAGACUCUCACCUAUGGCCAUGAACUGUGGGUACUGACCGAAAGAACAAGGUCGUGGAUACAAGUGGCCGAAAUGGGUUUCCUUCGCAGGGUGGCCAGGCUCAGCCUCAGAAAUAGGCUAAGGAGCUCGGACACUCAGGAGGUGCUCAGAGUAGAACCGCUGCUCCUCCACGUCGAGAGGAGUCAGCUGAGGUGGCUCGGGCAUCUGGUUCGUAUGCCUUCUGGACGCCUCCCUUUAGAGGUGUUCCAGACAUGUCCCACCAGGAGGAGACCCCGUGGCCGGCCCAGGACCAGGAGGAGGGAUUAUAUCUCUCACCUGACCUGGGAGCGCCUGGGAAUCCCCCCGGAGGAGCUUGCGGAAGUGGCUGGGAUGAGGGCCAUCUGGGCUUCCCUCCUGAAGCUGCUGCCCCCGUGACCCGGACCCGGAUGUAGUGGAAGAAAACAAUGACAACUACGCACACACACAGGAGCACACAAACUUUUCCUUACACACAUAUCCCACUCUUGGGCAUCCAUAUCUAGUGUCAUGUAAAGUUUCCUUCAUUUCUGAUGAUGUUUAGUGGAUGAAUCUUCAAACACUCUAAGUCCAUGAAUGAAGACUUGCGUGCGCGGCACUGAAGGGGUUAAAAUGAUGUGCAGCUCAAUCUGUUGUCUCACUGUGGGAAAGUCAAAUUUAGAGCCCUGCUGAUCGACUGACUGCAAAAAAAAGGUUAUAUGUUGUUUUGGUGCCAUAAACACACGGUCAAAAAACACGUUUUUAAUGGAAGUCUAUUGGCCGAUUUGUGGACAAAGGAGGGUGGGUGGAGCUAAAAUGUGGCGACAGAGAACUACAGGUGACACCAAGUUUUUAUUAAUAUGAAGAAAAAUAAGAACUCUCACCAAAUUUGAUGCUCCAAUCUUUAAAAAUGUGACUGUCAGCUCAAAAUAAAGAUGAAAAAAAAAGACAAAUGUCCUCAAAACGGACAGAGGAGGAACCAGCGGUUAAAAAAACAUGAAUGUAUUCCCUUAUCAAUAGUUUAAAAAUCAGUCUGAAAAUGAAGUUUUAAAAAAGAGAAAUAAAUAAGUGAAUUGACAAACUGAAGUAAGAAUACAGCUUUUAAUCAGACAUUUAAAGGACAAUUCCUCUUUUUAUUUCCAUUUCCUGUCUGCUUUUCCUUUUCCUGUUAGCUAAUCGAUUAUCAAAGUCAUUUAUCUCUCCGUUCCUCCUCUCCAUUUUUCCCUCCCUCACACUUUGGGCCUUGAGCUGGUAAAACCAGGUAAAAAAAUUCAGAUGAGCCAUGAAACAAGCUCUCUGAUUGGUUAUAACCUGGCCUAUUACAUGCAGAUGUCUGCAGGGAGGUGAAGAUGAUGGAGGAUGAGGAAGAAUAGACCUUACCCAGUGUUCCAGGUGGAAAGAGGUCCAAACCUGGAUAUUGUGACUCUGUGGUCAUUUCACAGCUCCCUGAUUGAUGAACAGACACACAGACUAAAAACAGAGAUGAUCAGGAGAGAGAUGGGCUCAUAUUUGAAGUUAUAAACACAUUUGACAGUCCUUUAGCCCACGUCAGAACUCAGAGAAGAUGCUUUAUUACACCUGAUGUUACAAGAUGAAGGUUCACAUCUAGUUGAAUGAUCAGAGCAGAACAACAUUCAGAUCUCCUCCAGAUCCUUUAUUUCAUUCAUCCAUACAGACCAGGAUCAACUCUCCUGGCUGACAUGGGAAGGAACUCUGCUUCAUGUUGGACAGCAGGUAGGACUCAUGUUGGACACUCAAUCAUUCUGACUGUGUUUCUUCCUCCAGGGUGGACCAUGGUGGAGAGCAGAGGUUAAAACCUGGUGUGAAGAAGUGUAAGUGUUGAAUCAGUUUGACUCCUGAUGACCAAACAGCAGACUGUCAGCUAACAAAGAAGAAAGCCUUCAGGUGUGUCUGAUGAUAACCUGCUGCUGUGUUGUGUCUUUUUCUCUCUGUCAGAUUUCUGUGAACUCACACUGAACUCAAACACAGUAAACGGACGCCUCAGACUGUCUGAAAACAACAGGAAGGUGACACGUGUGGAAGAGGAUCAGUCAUAUCCUGAUCAUCCAGACAGAUUUGACGUCUGGCCUCAGCUUCUGUGUAGAGAUGGUCUGACUGGUCGCUGUUACUGGGAGGUCACGAGGAAAGGAGAGGUUGAUAUAUCAGUGAGUUACAGAGGAAUCAGAAGGAAAGGAAAGAGUGUUUACUGUGUGUUUGGAUCUAAUGAUCAGUCCUGGAGUCUGAUCUGCUCUGAUGAAGGUUACUCUGUCCGUCACAAUAACAGAGAAACAGACCUCCGUCUCCCCUCGUCCUCUGUCUCUAACAGAGUAGCAGCGUAUGUGGACUGUCCUGCUGGCACUCUGUCCUUCUACAGCAUCUCCUCUGACAUACUGAUCCACCUCCACACCUUCAACACCACCUUCACUCAACCUCUCUAUCCUGGGUUUGGGUUCUGUUCUGGUUCCUCAGUGAGUUUGUGUUCUGAGUAG